AUGCCACCAGGGUUCUGUAUCCCAUUCUUUGGUGCUAAGACUAUCGGCCGAAGAAGUCCAGAUGAACCAGUGCUGAGUAAAGCUGAGUUUGUUGAAAAAGUUCGUCAGAGUAACCAGGCCUGUCAUGACGGCGACUUCCACACAGCGAUUGUUCUGUAUAAUGAAGCACUGGCUGCUGACCCUCAGAACUGCAUCUUAUAUAGCAAUAGGUCUGCAGCCUACGUGAAAAUUCAGCAGUAUGACAAGGCACUGGACGAUGCCAUCAAAGCCCGACUUCUCAAUCCCAAAUGGCCAAAGGCAUACUUCCGACAGGGCGUUGCCCUCCAGUACCUUGGGCGCCAUGCCGAUGCCCUGGCUGCCUUUGCAUCUGGACUGGCUCAGGACCCCAAAAGUCUCCAGCUUCUGGUGGGGAUGGUAGAAGCUGCCAUGAAGUCUCCCAUGAGAGAGUCCCUGGAGCCCACUUACCAGCAGCUUCAGAAAAUGAAACUGGACAAGAGUCCCUUCGUGGUUGUGUCUGUGGUCGGGCAGGAGCUCCUGACGUCUGGCCACCAUGGGGCCUCCGUGGUGGUCUUAGAAGCUGCUCUGAAGAUCGGCACCUGCAGCCUCAAGCUGAGAGGCUCCGUCUUCUCUGCCCUGAGCAGUGCUCACUGGUCGCUCGGGAACACGGAGAAGAGCACAGGCUACAUGCAGCAGGACUUGGAUGUCGCCAAGACCUUAGGUGACCAGACAGGGGAAUGCCGAGCUCAUGGGAAUCUGGGCUCUGCAUUCUUCUCCAAAGGAAAUUACCGGGAGGCCCUCACCAACCACAGGCAUCAGCUGGUGCUCGCCAUGAAGCUCAAGGACCGAGAGGCAGCCUCCUCAGCCCUGAGCAGCCUGGGUCACGUGUACACGGCCAUCGGAGACUACCCGAAUGCGCUGGCCAGCCACAAGCAGUGUGUACUCCUGGCCAAACAAUCCAAAGAUGAGCUCUCGGAAGCCCGCGAGCUCGGCAACAUGGGCGCCGUGUACAUCGCCAUGGGUGACUUUGAGAACGCCGUGCAGUGCCACGAGCAGCACCUGAAGAUAGCCAAGGAGCUGGGCAACAAGCGAGAGGAGGCCCGGGCCUACAGCAACCUGGGCAGCGCCUACCACUAUCGGAGGAACUUUGACAAGGCCAUGUCGUACCACAACUACGUGCUGGAGCUGGCCCAGGAGCUGACGGAGAAGGCUAUCGAGAUGCGGGCCUAUGCUGGCCUGGGCCAUGCUGCCAGGUGCAUGCAGGACCUGGAGAGAGCGAAACAGUACCAUGAACAGCAGCUGGGCAUUGCCGAAACCCUCAAGGACCGGGCCGCCGAGGGGCGCGCAUCCUCCAACCUGGGAAUAAUCCACCAGAUGAAGGGCGAUUAUGAAGCGGCGCUGAAACUCCACAAGACCCACCUGUGCAUCGCCCAGGAGCUGAGCGACUACGCGGCCCAGGGCCGGGCCUACGGGAACAUGGGCAACGCCUACAACGCACUGGGCGUGUACGACCAGGCUGUCAAGUACCACCGGCAGGAGCUGCAGAUCUCCAUGGAGGUGAACGACCGCGCCUCACAGGCCUCCACGCACGGCAACCUGGCCGUGGCCUACCAGGCCCUGGGAGCCCACGACCGGGCCCUGCAGCAUUACCAGAACCACUUGAACAUCGCCCGAGAGCUACGCGACAUCCAGAGUGAGACCCGGGCCCUCAGCAACCUGGGCAAUUUCCACUGCUCUCGGGGGGAGUACCUGCAGGCCGCCCCCUAUUACGAGCAGUACCUCCGGCUGGCCCCCGACCUCCAGGACAUGGAGGGUGAAGGGAAGGUCUGCCACAACCUCGGCUACGCCCACUACUGCCUGGGCAACUACCAGGAAGCCGUCAAGUACUAUGAGCAGGACCUGGCUCUGGCCAAGGACCUUCACGACAAACUGAGCCAAGCAAAAGCCUACUGCAACCUGGGCCUGGCGUUCAAGGCGCUGCUGAAUUUCAGCAAAGCCGAGGAGUGCCAGAAAUACCUGCUGUCCCUGGCCCAGUCCCUGAAUAACCCUCAGGCCAAAUUUCGAGCCCUGGGGAAUCUGGGUGACAUCUUCAUCUGCAAGAAAGAUGUCCACGGGGCCAUCAAGUUCUACGAGCAGCAGCUGGGCCUGGCCCACCAUGCCAAGGACAGGCGGCUGGAGGCCAGUGCCUACGCAGCCCUGGGCACGGCCCACCGAAUGAUCCAGAAGUAUGACAAGGCCUCAGGCUACCACACCCAGGAGCUGGAGGUCUGCCAGGAGCUCAGCGACCUGCCGGGGGAGUGCCGGGCUCACGGGCACCUGGCUGCUGUCUACAUGGCCCUGGGGAAAUACACGAUGGCUUUCAAGUGCUACGAGGAGCAGCUGGACCUGGGGCAGAAGCUGAAGGACCCAAGCCGGGAGGCCCAGGUCUACGGCAACAUGGGCAUCACGAAGAUGAACAUGAACGUGAUGGAGGAAGCCAUCGGCUACUUUGAGCAGCAGCUGGCCAUGCUGCAGCAGCUCAGUGGCAACGAGGCCGUGCUGGACAGGGGCCGGGCUUACGGCAACCUGGGGGACUGUUACGAGGCCCUGGGGGAUUACGAGGAAGCCAUCAAAUACUAUGAACAGUACUUAUCCGUGGCCCAGAGUCUGAAUCGCAUGCAAGACCAGGCCAAGGCCUACCGGGGCCUAGGAAAUGGACAUAGGGCCAUGGGCAGCCUGCAGCAGGCCCUCGUCUGCUUCGAGAAGAGGUUGGUGGUCACCCACGAGCUGGGCGAGGCCUUCAACAAAGCCCAGGCCUACGGCGAGCUGGGGAGUCUGCACAGCCAGCUGGGCAACUGUGAGCAGGCCAUUUCCUGCUUGGAGCGCCAGCUGAGCAUCGCACGGGAGAUGCAGGACCGUUCCCUGGAGAGCGACGCGGCCUGCGGCCUGGGCGGCGUGUACCAGCAGAUGGGCGAGCACGACACAGCCCUGCAGUACCACCAGCUCGACCUGCAGAUUGCUGAGGAGACCAACAACCCCACGGGCCAGGGCCGCGCCUACGGGAACCUGGGCCUCACCUACGAGUCACUGGGCACCUUUGAGCGGGCUGUCGUCUACCAGGAGCAGCACCUGAGCAUCGCUGCCCAGAUGAAUGACCUGGUGGCCAAGACGGUGGCCUACAGCAGCCUCGGGAGAACCCACCACGCCUUGCAGAACUACUCGCAGGCAGUCAUGUACUUACAGGAAGGUUUAAGACUCGCCGAGCAACUGGGCCGCAGAGAAGAUGAAGCCAAAAUCCGCCAUGGCCUUGGCCUCUCUCUGUGGGCCAGUGGAAACUUGGAGGAGGCCCAGCACCAGCUCUACCGGGCAUCGGCCUUGUUUGAAACGAUCCGGCACGAGGCCCAGCUGAGCACGGACUACAAGCUCUCCCUCUUCGACCUGCAGACGUCCUCCUACCAGGCCCUGCAGCGCGUGCUAGUCAGCCUCGGCCAUCACGAUGAAGCCCUGGCCGUGGCGGAGAGAGGACGGACGAGGGCCUUCGCUGACCUUCUUGUGGAGCGGCAGACGGGACAACAGGACUCGGACCCCUACUGCCCGGUCACCAUCGAUCAGAUCUUAGAGAUGGUUAACAGCCAGAGGGGCCUGGUUCUCUACUACUCGCUGGCUGCCGGCUACCUGUACAGCUGGCUUCUUGCUCCAGGGGCAGGGAUCCUCAAGUUCCAUGAGCACCAUCUGGGAGACAGCGCUGGGGAGAGCCCCGGGGACUUCCAGGGGGGCAGCGGUGCGACCCUUCCCUCGGCCACCAGCUCAGCCCUGGAGCAGCACAUCGCCAGCGCCCGGGAGGCCCUGGGAGUGGAGUCCUACUACUCCAGGGCCUGUGCCAGCAGUGAGACAGAGAGCGAGGCUGGUGAUCUCAUGGACCAGCAGUUCGAAGAGAUGAACAACAAGCUCAACUCGGUGACGGACCCCACGGGCUUCCUGCGCAUGGUGAGCCGAAACAGCCUCUUCAACAGGAGCUGCCAGAGCGUGCCGAGCUUGUUCAGUGCCUCGGUAUCACCCAUCAAGGAUGGGACAUCCUCUCUCCCCCGGAGGCAGAGCCCCUUCUCCAAACCCCCGCUCCGUGCACUCUACGACCUGCUCAUUGCGCCCAUGGAAGGGGGCCUGAUGCACUCGAGUGGCCCCGUGGGGCGGCACCGCCAGCUGGUCCUGGUCCUGGAGGGGGAGCUCUACCUCAUCCCCUUCGCGCUCCUGAAGGGCAGCGCCUCCAACGAGUACCUGUACGAGCGCUUCACGCUCAUCGCCGUGCCUGCCGUCCGCUCCCUCCGCCAGCACGCCAAGCCCCAUCUGAGGAAGAGCCCACCCGCCUACACCAGCUCGGCAUCCACAGCGGCCGUCAUCGGCAACCCCAAGCUCCCGGCGGCAGUGAUGGACAGGUGGCUGUGGGGGCCAAUGCCGUCGGCCGAGGAGGAAGCCUACAUGGUGUCCGAGCUGCUAGGCUGCCAGCCCCUGGUGGGCAGCAUGGUCACCAAAGAGCGGGUCACGAGCGCCCUGACGCAGGCCGAGUGCGUCCACUUCGCCACCCACAUCUCCUGGAAGCUGUCAGCCUUGGUGCUCACGCCCAACUCGGAGGGCACGCCUGCCGGCAGCAAGGGCUCCUUCGGCCACCCCUACACCAUCCCCGAGUCCCUGCGGGUGCAGGACGAUGCCAGCGACGCCGAGAGCGUCUCCGACUGCCCGCCCCUGCAGGAGCUGCUGCUCACGGCUGCCGACAUCCUGGACCUGCGGCUCCCCGCCAAGCUGGUGCUGCUGGGUGCCUCCCAGGAGGCCAACAGCAAGGUCACGGCGGAUGGGGUCAUCGCCCUGACUCGGGCCUUCCUGGCGGCUGGGGCCCAGUGUGUGCUGGUGUCUCUCUGGCCCGUCCCUGUGGCAGCUUCCAAGAUGUUCGUCCACGCCUUCUACUCGUCCCUGCUGAGCGGCCUGAAGGCCAGUGCAGCCCUGGGGGAGGCCAUGAAGGCCGUGCAGAGCAGCCAGCUCUUCGCUCACCCCUCCAACUGGGCAGGGUUCACGCUCAUUGGUAGCGAUGUGAAGCUGAACAGCCCCUCCUCCCUCAUCGGCCAAGCCCUCACGGAGAUCCUGCAGCACCCUGAGCGUGCCCGGGACGCCCUGCGAGUUCUCCUGCACCUGGUAAGGGUUGGGGACAGCUCCCCAGUCUGGGCCCUGCAGGGGAGGAGCAGGGCAGGCCUUCGGGGAGUCUAUCCAAAGGAGUCUCUCCUGACUGCCCCACCCUCAGUGGGAUGGAGGGCAGACUGUCCCUCUGAAUCUGGGAUGGCACCCGCCCUGGCUCUGGCCACUGGGGACCCCUGCAGGCCGGAAACAGGGUGUUCUGGGGUCUCCCCAGGCCCGGCCAACACCUGUCCUUCUCGUCCAGGCCUGCCCAACCCUGCGCUGCAGGCCCUCUGCAAGCUCCUCACGGCCUCGGAGAGCGGCGAACAGCUCAUCAGCCGGGCUGUUAAAAAUAUGGUUGGAAUGCUCCACCAGGUGCUGGUUCAGCUCCAGGCUGGCGAGAAGGACCAGGACUUUGCAUCAGCACCCAUCCAGGUGUCCAUCAGUGUCCAGUUGUGGCGGCUCCCGGGAUGCCAUGAGUUCCUGGCGGCUCUGGGCUUUGACCUCUGUGAGGUGGGGCAGGAGGAAGUGGUUCUGAAGACGGGGAAGCAGGCCAGCCGGCGGACUGUGCACUUCGCACUGCAGUCGCUGCUCUCGCUCUUCGAUUCCACGGAGCUGCCCAAGCGCCUCAGCCUGGACAGCUCCUCCUCCCUGGAGUCGCUGGCGUCGGCGCAGUCUGUGUCCAACGCCCCGUCGCUGGGCUGCGCCCACCCGCCCUUCUCGCCCAUGGGCACAGACAGCAUCGCCUCGGACGCCAUCUCCGUGUACAGCCUGAGCUCCAUCGCAUCCUCCAGGAGCUUCGUCUGCAAGCCCGAGGGGGGCGUGGAGGGCAGCAGCUCCCGAGGACGCCAGGACUACGACCGGUCCAAGACGGCUUAUCCGCAGAGGGCCACCUUGCCCCGGUGCCAGAUGGCCACGCAGGCCCGCCCCACGGGCGGCAGGGAGGACGACGAGUACCAGGGCUUCGCCAUCAUCAGCACCGAGCCACUGACAGCCUCCCUGGAUGGCCAGCGUGCCCGCCCCUCCCCAGACCACAGACCUCCCAGGGCAGGGGCCGCCGGGGGCCUGCGAGUGUCGGUCAGCACGCCCAACUCCCCCAUGAAGCUGCCGCUCAUCCCCAGCCCCAACUCGCCCUUCCAGAAGGUGGGGAAGCUGGCCAGCCCGGACACGGCGGAAUCAGACCAGUCCAGCACAGAGACAGACAGCACCAUCAAGUCCCAGGAGGAGGGUGGCCCCUCGCUGGACCCGCAGGAGCUGGCCCGGAAGGUCCUCGAGGAGACGCAGAGCCACCUCCUGGCAGUGGAGCGUCUUCAGAGGACUGGCGGCCCGACCAGCACCACUCACCACCCCGACGAGGGGGGCCCAGGAGGGCCCGGGGGCACCACUGUGUUCAGGGCAUCGGAAACCAGUGCAUUCAGCAGGCCCAUCCUCACCCAUCAGUCACCGGUCACUGUGAAGCCAAAGCCCCCCGCCAGAAGCUCGUCGCUCCCCAAGGUGAGCUCAGGGCACAGCAGCCCUUCAGAGACGCCCGGCCCAGAUGCCCCGCCCCCGCUGAGUGACCAGCCACUCUUUAAACUCAAGUACCCCAGCUCCCCUUACAGUGCACACAUUUCCAAGUCCCCAAGGAACAUGUCCCCAAGCUCAGGCCAGCAGUCCCCGGCCGGCAGCACACCGUCCCCGGCACUCUCUUACUCCUCGGCGGGCUCAGCCCGCUCGAGCCCCGCAGACGCACCCGAGGCCGACAGGCGGAAGGCCACCACUGUGGACGAGAAGGUGCAGGCCAUCCACAACUUGAAGAUGUUUUGGCAGAGCUCGCCCCGGCUCCCCUCGGGGCCCACCGCUGCCCGGAGAGAUGUCCUCAGUCUGCUCAACCUGUCACCGCGGCACAGCAAGAAAGCCAGCGAGGAGGACAGGCUUGAACUGAAGGACCUGUCCCUGCAGCAGCACACCAAAGCCCCAGCAGGGUCCCCUCCCAACGGACACUGGCGCCCCCAGACCACCAGGCUGAGCACGCUCCCGCUACCCACCACCGCACCCCAGGCACGCCCCUUGAGACUGCCUUCUGCAAAUGGCUACAAGUUCCUGCCCCCAGGCAGGGUUUUCCCUUCCUCCAAAUGCUGAAGUGGCUUUUCCACUCCCGUGUCUCCAUGCAGCAGCUGGCCCCGGGCUCCGCAUGCCCUCUGCCUACUUGCCUUGCCCAAGUCACCGCCAUCCGCCUUCCCAGGGCAUCUCCAGGUCCAAACGCCACCCAGCCCACGAUCAGUGGAAGCUCCGCUGCCCAGGCCGGCAGAGUCACCCAGAGCCAGGACCUCUGUGGGCUCGGCCCGUGGAACUCACCGCACGUGCCACCAAAUGUUUACCUUUGACCUCCUGCUUCUUCCCGUCUCUGAUGUGAUUCUUCAGUCGGACUUUGGUUCAUCCCUGGCUCUGGGGUGGGGCUGUGGCUGCAGGGCUGUCACACCUGGAAAGUGAGCCUGUAGAGCCGCCUUACAGCUCCCUGGGGCUGGCCAGGUUGUGGCAGAUGCAAACCCAAGUCGCGAGGGUGCUCACCAAAAAGUGGAAUAAUGCUUAAAAAAAACAACAAAAAACCGCCAAUGACUUGUCAUUAACUUGUAGCAGUCUUGGCCUCAGAAACAAUGCAAUAACCCGGGUUGACACAGUGCUUCCAGUGCCACACACGUCGUAGGGCCCCACUGUCAGCCAAACUUGAAUUUUUAAAACUCACAGACACCCCCACACACACAUACACCACUACCCCAUUUAUAUAACUCUUACCCAGGCAUUUCAGAACUAUGCAACUGUAAUUUUAAAAUGCAAUUUUGUGCUUUUAACACAACCUUGACCUUUUUGUAUGCAGAUAAACGAGUUGGUUUUAUUAUCAAUAGUACUUUGCAUUUAUAGCCAUUAUUUUUAAAAGCUCAAAAACGUUUUUUAAAACUGUCAAAUUUUGAAUCGUCAACAAUAAGUGCUGGUCAAGUUUGGGGACAAGGUUGACAUCAUCCAGCCCAGCUUCCUUUUGAGCAGAAGGGAAAUUCAGGCACAUCCACCACCAGUUCACAUACCUCCCCGCAGCCUCCCUGAGCAGGGCCGCCCUCCCCUUAUACCCACUGCCUGCCCGGCAUGCACCUCAGGAGGACGGCUCAGCAAGGCAGCCGGUGCUUAUAGGAUGAAGGUGGGCUAUCUGCCCCCCCACACCACAGCCUGGCGUUGGGUUGGUAGGAGACAGCUGUUCAUUUCAAGAAAAAACAGUGCCAAGCCCCACAGUGACCCUCCAUUAGGGGACCCUAAACCAGCAUCUUUUAGGCAAGUCUCACAGCCCACACAUCAAGACCGGUUCUCACCUUUCUAAAGGGUCAUCUCAGGCCCUGCCCAAGAGUCUUGGUUUUGCCUCUUGGCCUGACAAACCUAAAAUACGAGGGAACCUCAAAAAGAUUGUAGGAAAAGCCCUUUCCCUCUUAAUUCAGUUUUCUCCCACACACUUUUUGAAGCCCUGUUCCUCCUGCCUGCCUUCACCCCUACCCCACCCCCCCUUAUUUCACCUGUGGCUCUUUCAGGAGGCUGGCUCUUGGCAAAGGUGAGAAGAAAUAUGAUUGGGGUUGCAUUAUGUUACCACCUCCCAGGGGAAGAGUGUUCCCCUGGGAGGCAGCCCUGGGCUUGGUAAGGAAGAAAGGACCCCUGCCUAAGCCUUGACUCUCCGCUGCCCUGGGGCAAGUGAACUCGGGCAGGUUUUACUGAAAAGCCCUAACCCAGUGCCGACAGCAGUAGCUGUGCUCGUGGUGGUGGGUUUUGUUCCCUCAGCUCAGGAAUUGCCACGCCCUGCCCCUCUCCACUCCCGAGACGCAGCAGCAAGCACAGAGUCCCAGCAAAUAAGGCCCUCGGGUGAGCUCCCAGUCUGACCACAGCAAGGGGGUGGACCGGUCCAAUCCUGACCAGUGACCCUCAACCAUGUGGGUGCUCUGAACGCUGUCAAGAUGCCAAGGAAAGAAUAGCUUUCUAACACUUUCGGCUCCAGACUGGUCCAAGAAAAAUGACAGCCUUCUCCCCGUCACCCCAGUUUUCAAGGGAGAUCUCGGCCCCCAAGGCCCUGGCUGCGUCCCUGAAUAGGCCACCCCGACCCUGAGACUGCCCACUGUCUCCCCACACACUCCCAGGCCGGGGAGAGCUGCUGUUUUGCUCUGCUCCGGGCAGGCUGGGAAAGUGCCCCACAGUUGCCUGGGUUGCUUUCAGUCCGUUAGCGGGAAAGUAGAGACUCUUGUUUCCACCCUGUGUUCAACAUGUUGUUCAACCCAAAUGACUGUCCCUGUGGCUCGUGAACAGGGCUCCCUCUGUGCCCUUCAGAGACGCCCACCCAGGGCCUCCGUGCCCCUCCCCGGGUGCCCUCUCCACUUGGCACCCCCUCCUAGUUUGCAGUGUCAGCCAUCUUUGGCCUACAUGGACGUUUUUUUGUAAAUUACACAGUUUUCAGAUGCCAUUACAACUUUUUAUAUUACAAAAUUUGCCAUGUGAAAAGAACUUCAUAUUUUUAUUGAGAUUGCUAAGGCACUUGGCCUUCUUCCUUUGUGAUGUCGGUGUUAUUAAAGCAUGAGUCCCCUCGGUUUUGA